AAAAUGAAUAUAUAUAUAUAUAAAUGAAUACAAUUUGAUUAUCAAAGUAUUUAGUACUGUUUCAAAAAUAUAACAUGGAAAAUCCAGAAGAAUUUGCUGACUGGGAGCAAAUCCAGUCUCCGUUUUCCGCCAUUAAUACAGCUGCGCCGUCGAUUUUCCCACCUCGAAACCACGAGGAUUUGCCAAUUAGCAACGAGAAUCGACACUCGCAAGAGCAAGAACCGAGCAUCGGUUUGCUCUUGCCGUCGUCGGAAAGUGACGAUGACGGUGUGCUAAGGAGAUGGAUAAGGCUGCGUUUGGGAGAUGCGCAGAUCGGGAUUUUCCGAUUUGCUGGCACGGUCGGAAAAUAUGUCCCUUCUAAAGGGGCAUUUCGGUCAUUUGCAUGGACAUCAGGAGGAGUUGCUGCUGCGGUUUUGCUGGUUUGGUUCUUGCACCGCAGAAUUCUGCUAUGGUGGCGGAGGCGCGUGCAGCUAAAGAGCGGAAACGAGAGCCUCGUGACUCUCGUAAGAGAAAAAGACGAGAGAAUCAACCAGCUUUUGCUCCAAAUUGCCACAAUGAACGAGAUUUUGCUAGCACGUCGAAGGGUUCCUGUUAUUCGAGUAAAACGAAUAAAUAACACAAGGUGAACACAGAAAUGCUUACUAGAAGAACACGAAAGAAUGGUUCAGAACUUUGUAUGUAUAAUGUAUAUUGUAUAAUGUAUAGUUGUAUACCCUUGGAAUUGAGUUUUACAAUUCCUUACGUAUACUCGGUGCAUCUUGUACCCUGUUCGUAAC